AAUCCCUCUCUGGUGAUGAUCAUGCAGGAGUCUGGGAUCAAGUUCACAAAACCACGUUUUCAAAAUGGCGGAACACGAUCUCACCGCCCGCAUGGGUUGCUUUUUAGACCGUCAUUUAGUGUUUCCCUUGUUGGAAUUUCUCUCAGUCAAAGAGAUUUACGAUGAAAAGGAAUUGCUUAAAGGAAAACUCGAUCUGCUAAGUAACACAAAUAUGGUUGAUUUUGCUAUGGAUGUGUUCAAAAAUCUCUAUCCAGAUCAGGAUGUUCCAGAAGAACUUGUAGAAAAAAGAACAGAAGUUGUUACACAGUUGAAAUACCUACAGGCUCAAACGGAACCUAUCGUGAAAUGUUUUGAAGAUCCAGAGUUUAACAAUCAGAUACAGACAAUAAGGGAUGGAAGACAGCUAUUUGAUUACCUUGAAAUGAACCAUGGGAUCAAGCCAGAAAUGUUGGACACACUGUACAAAUAUGCAAAAUUUCAAUAUGAGUGUGGAAACUACUCUGGUGCCGCAGAGUAUUUGUACUUUUAUCGUGUGCUUGUUCCUGGUAAUGAUGAUAGAAAUACUUUGAAUGCUCUUUGGGGAAAACUAGGAUCUGAAAUCCUCAUGCAGAACUGGGAAACUGCACUGGAAGAUCUUAACAGACUCAAGGAUGUCAUUGAGAGUAAUAACCAAGCUGGAACACUUCAGCUGUUACAGGAGAGAACCUGGUUGAUUCACUGGAGUCUGUUUGUGUUCUUUAAUCAUCCAAAAGGGAGAGACUUAAUCAUUGAUCUGUUUCUUUACCAGCCUCAGUAUCUCAAUGCAAUCCAAACCACAUGCCCUCACAUUCUAAGAUACUUGACCACAGCUGUCAUCACCAACAAACGUCGACGGACAGUCCUAAAGGAUCUUGUGAAAGUGAUUCAACAAGAGUCGUACACAUACAAGGAUCCAAUCACAGAGUUUUUGGAGUGUCUCUAUGUCAAUUUUGACUUUGAUGGUGCUCAGCAAAAGCUGCGAGAAUGCGAAACAGUUUUGCUGAACGACUUUUUCCUUGUGGCUUGUUUGGAUGAUUUCAUUGAGAAUGCCAGACUGUUUAUAUUUGAAACAUUCUGCAGAAUACAUCAGUGCAUCAGUAUAAAGUAAGUUGCAUUGCUAGCUGUGGUACCCAUGAGGAGGGGGCACACUCACCUAGCAACUUGAGAAAAUAACUUCCGAUCCAGUAAUUUGCACAGUCUUAUGAAACACAGAACUUCUCUUUGCUUUCUGGUCAUCUGGUUUUACAUUUGUUUCUUUUGUGCUAGAAGA